UCGCCAAAUCUACCAUUUUUCAAGCAUCCACCUUAAUCCUGGGACCUUUCCUUUGGGAACUAAUGUGGGAGGAACUUCCGACAAGAAACUGGGUAAAAUGCUCCCAUUGGUUACAAUACAUUUCGCUUUCGGAGCGGUGUUUUUGAACGCUUUUCUUUUUCUGAGCGAUCAAUAGCCGUAAUCGCAUUGAACAAUGUCUUGCACGCCUCGGGAGCUUGUUGCGCAACACCGGCAGUUCUACUAACAAGCCAGAAGUUUAAACGAGGACAACAAGAGCUUUGAUUUUGACUGGCUUUCCAAGACGAGGAAAAAGUGUUUUGACAGUUCAACUGUCUACUGCUACACUGGACCCCGGGCUCACGCUGAGGAGAAGCUACUGCAGGACCUGUUUGUGCGUUACAAUAAGCUCUCCAGGCCUGUUGAAAACUCGUCAGACACAGUGCUGGUCCACUUUGGUCUCUCUAUUGCUCAGCUUAUCGAUGUGGAUGAGAAGAACCAGAUGAUGACCACAAACGUCUGGCUCAAGCAAGAAUGGAACGAUUACAAGCUGCGCUGGAACCCAGAGGAGUACGAAAACGUCACCUCCAUCCGCAUUCCGUCAGAGAUUAUCUGGAGGCCUGACAUCGUCCUUUAUAAUAAUGCUGAUGGUGACUUUGCGGUAACCCACCUAACUAAGGCACACCUAUUCCAUGAUGGACGGAUAAAGUGGAUGCCACCAGCCAUCUACAAAUCUUCAUGCAGCAUCGACGUCACCUUUUUCCCCUUUGACCAACAAAGCUGCAAGAUGAAGUUUGGCUCAUGGACCUAUGACCGGGCCAAGAUUGACCUUAUCAGCAUAGCCAGCGAUGUGGACCAGAUGGACUACUGGGAGAGCGGCGAGUGGGUUAUCAUGAAUGCCGUGGGCAAGUACAACACCAAAAAGUACGAGUGCUGCACUGAGAUCUAUGCAGACAUUACAUACUACUUCAUCAUCCGAAGGCUCCCGCUGUUCUACACCAUUAAUCUUAUCAUCCCCUGUCUGCUUAUCUCCUGUUUGACUGUGCUGGUGUUUUAUUUACCGUCACAAUGUGGAGAGAAGAUCACCUUGUGUAUUUCCGUUUUAUUGUCUCUAACUGUAUUCCUGCUGUUGAUCACAGAGAUAAUACCAUCCACAUCCUUGGUGAUUCCACUCAUUGGCGAAUACCUGCUGUUUACCAUGGUCUUUGUUACCCUUUCAAUUAUAAUCACCGUAUUUGUUUUGAACGUACACCACCGGUCACCUCAAACCCACGGAAUGCCCCAUUGGGUGCGAAGGGUCUUUUUGGACAUGGUGCCCAGGGUCCUGUUCAUGAAGCGGCCCCCGGGCACAGCCAAACAACACUGCAAGAAGCUGAUCGAGAUGAUGCACCGCCCAACUAUAAUAUCAGCAACGGGCAACUCCCAGACCUUUUGGACGGGUUUAGAGACAGGGCUGACGCAAAUAGGACAGGUCCAAAUUCCAUCCGACAGCCCAAACAUCCGCGUCUGCUCCCCUUCGCCAUCCUCCUCCCCUAUCAAGGAACUCAACCCAGAAGAUCCUCCAGUUAAGGCCAACAUUUUCUGCCAGUCACCCAUUAAACAGUAUUCAGUUCUCCGACGAGGGCAAAACACUUCCAUCUUGUCAUCUUCUCAACUUUCCUUACCCCCAACCUUGGCUCUCGGACCCCUUCACACCCUUUCCACGGAAGACACAAAUAAACUGUCGUCAAAGGGCCGCUCACUCAGCGCAGAGCAAAUGUGCGACUUGCAGAGGGAGGUUCCCCUGAGAGCUGCACAACGUUGUCACUCGGGCGGCUUCCAGUACUGUUGCCUCCACAACGAAGGGCCGGAGAAAUGGACUGGUAACCCAGACCAAACCAAACAAGCCUCGACAAAUUGCCUCACAGAAACCCUCAACGCAGAGCCGGCUAAAGACCCAAGAAACCAACAAGAGGCCGUGAUUCAUCGCAUGUCUCCUGCUAUGCAACGAGCCCUUGAGGGUGUUCAAUACAUAGCUGAUCAUCUCAGGGCAGAGGAUGACGACUUCUCGGUGAAGGAGGACUGGAAGUACGUCGCCAUGGUCAUCGACAGAAUAUUCCUCUGGAUGUUUGUUCUGGUGUGUAUACUGGGAUCAGUCGGACUCUUUCUACCUCCUUGGCUGGCUGGAAUGAUCUGAAAUCUACUGGCCCAAGGAAAGAGAAGAAUGUUAUUUAACUUGUUUUUGUAUUUUAUUUAUUUUCUUCUUUUUCUUUUUGCAAAGGAGCUUCAAGUGUUUUGUCCCAGAUUAACAUAAAGGUUACGAACAAGGAGGGAAGUCUAUCAACAGUUCCUAGGAGCACAGUAAAUAAUUUAUGGGGCUGUGAAAGCAUCCCUUUUCACUUCUCCGUUUUGACAUUGAGCUUUGCAUCUCUAAAUAACGUCUAUGUAACCAGAAUGUCACUCAGUAGGGAACAGACCUCCACCAAGGUUGAACAAUACUAAUUUCGAUCACCUUCCUAGAUGCACACUUCCUUGUAUCUGCCAGAAUUUGUCAACACGAUACGUGCAUUAUUCAGUGAGAAAUCAAAGUAAAUAGUGGCAUCUCUUGCAGUUACGGAUGGGUAUGAUAAUCAAUACAUUGUAAGCGUGAAUUAAGAAUUUUGGGGUAGGUAGUGUCAUUUUAUUCAUUCAGUACAACAGCAGCAGGUAGUGUCAUUCUAUUCAUUCAGUACAACACCAGCAUGGAAACAGUUGUUCAAAACAUUCCGACGGGUGCUUGCCAUCCUUUUUAAAAGUAUUUGGAAUGUUCAUUCAUUCACAAGUUUCCCCCAUAGUAAAUCAAGGAAAUUGAUUUAAUUGCACAAAAAGUGAAACAUCCUUAAUUCUGCAGAAUUGUCCAAACCAGCACCACCUUUUAUUAAAAUUUAAGUUAAAAACGUAACAAAAUAAAGUGAUUUGGUGUACUACCCGUAUCAUCGUGUUUUGCUUCGCACAGUAAAGCAUUCCACUAAUAAUAACAAUUUGACUUAUCAUAGACCUUGCGGUAAAUAAGGAGGAAGGUUGCACUAGUCUACGGAAGAUGUGAUGAAAUACAAACCUGGGUGAUAUUUUUUCUUCACAUUCCACAAUAUUACAACAGUGAACACAGUUAUCAUUUCACUCUGAACUUACACAGUAUGAAAACAUUGCAUAAAAGAAUUAUUGAAGGGCAAUUUUGAGAUUUAGAAUGUGAAGAAAAGCCGACAAAAGUCAGCAAAAGGCCACACUGGCUGACAGUUUAUCAAGAUUUUUACAAUUAUAAAUCUGUCUGGCGAUGAGGACAAAUUGUGGUAUUCAUAAACCAUCACAAAGAACACUCCGUACAUUGCAAACCCAUGGCUUGUGACUGGAAUGUUGGGCCGAUAAUAUAAAGUCUUGAUGGAAUGUUUAUAGAUUUAUAGAAAACACUUAAUGAAAGGGAAUUAAAUAGAAAAUGUAUUUAGCAAGUGGAUUCUUGGAAAUUUUGUAUUGAUGCUACA